AUGCCGUCCAGUCGUGGCGUGUCCCUCUCCAUCUCCCUGACGGAGGCGGAGGUGGCCCCGGGUGGCAUGCUGCGCGGUGAGGUCAAGGUGAAAGUGGAUGCUUCACACAAGAAUGGCAUCGUCUACGAGGCUAUUCGCCUUGUUUUUCUUGCAGUGGAGAGGAGCUGUGUGUGGGAUGACCAGGGUGAGUUCGAUGCACUGCUGAACGAGUACACAUCGUCCCGCGUCUACCUUGAUCGCCACGUGACGCUCGCCGGCUUCAAAACACAAACUGAGGAUGCCGAGACCGCCGCGCAGGUCCGGGAGGAGAUGCUGUUCCUCCAGCACUGCGCCACCCCAUACGCCGCGGUGGCGCCGGCAAAGCCUAAGCUGAGCGCGUACCGCCACUACACACGCGCGGAGGUACUGCACAGCAGCAUCCAGAUGGCGGCCGCGACGACGCACACCACGGGCGGCGCGGUCGUUCCUGAUACCAGGGCCGACAACCAUAACUUCGUGGGGAGUAAGGAGCCUAUACUGGGUGAUGACGGGCCCCAGUCUACCAGGGCGGCAUCAGGAGAGGGAGCCUCAGAGGUGGAGUUCCCCGUGCUGAUGCCCGGAGCCCAUCGUUUUCCUUUUAUGUUUCGCCUGCCGCCCUGGCUGCCGCCUUCCUUCUACUACUCCUUCGCUGGUGCCAAGGGGCAUCUCAAGUACUCGGCGUCCGCCACAAUGCUGUUCCCCGCCAACGGCGCCGGCUCAUGGUGGUUCAACAUGCGCAACGACAUGAGUGGGACAACGCGCGAUGCGGAGAAGGCCUUCAAUAGAGCCACCGGCGCCGGCGCCCCCUCCGGUGAGGGGGCGCGCAAACGACCAGGUGGCGGUCGGUCGGAGGAGGUCGACAUCGACCUGGACAGCGUCCUCGUCGACGAGCGCACGAAUCGGCGCCUCGCUAACAUUGCCAGCUGCAGUCCGUCAGACCUCAAGAUCUCCAUCGACUUCGACGUGCUCUCGGUGAUGCCGCGUCGUCAGCUGGUGGCCGAGUAUUACCAGAUUGACGCUCACAACCUCCAUCAGCGACCGACGAACGCACCACAUGAGUCGGGGGACAGAGCCAGGAAGUCGCAAAGACGCUCUGACAAGGGCAGCAACUGCGGCGGCACGAAGCCGACCGACAUGUCGACAGGGGUGCUGGAGCACCAUGAGGACACGCACUUGGCUCUCUCCGCUCUCUACCAAACAUUCCGCUGCGGCUGGUUGAGAAACAUGUGCUGCCUGCAGCCGCAGAACGCACUCGAGGCAGAGGUGCUUGUUGUGGGUGCACGGACGGUCCUAUUGGCCGAUGACAUUGGCGCCUCGCAGGCGCUCGGGGUGCAACCGCCGACGACGCCCGAUUAUCCACAACUUGGCGGUCCGGCGCUCCACUCUCCGGGGAUCGUCCCUUCACCUGACCUGGAAGCUGCGGCGCCAAACACGCCAUGGCCAGUUAGCGGCAUCACUCUGCGUGUGCGUGUGCGCAACCACUGCCCCACACAAACGGUGCAGCGUGUGCGAGUAGAACUUAAAGUAAUGGUGGAGAUCUUCAAGUCCCUCAAGACCCCGCACACCUUUCCUGGCAUCUCCUACUCGAGUUUUGACUACACGAUCCCCAUCCCUCCUGGCAACCAGGCGCUCUUCGAUGUGCGGCUGGGCCUGAUGCCACGCUUCCGCCGGCACGAGAAAGACAGCGAGUUGCUUCUGCCGCCGCCUGGUGUACGAACAGCUAACAUGACGAGCAACACCUUCCUGCAGGUCAGCUUCCCCGGGAUGUACACGUACAUCGAAGAGCAAGAAGAGGCGAAGGGUGUCGUGAUUAUGGCGGAGACGGUAGACUUGAAUGACGAGGUCCUCGAACUGCCGGUCCGGUACAGUUGA